UGCUAUUGUUUGCUACAUAAACAAUUGUAUAGCAUAUGGUACAAGCUUCAAUUGUCUGUGCAUAAACAACUAUCUGUGUCCUCUUCAGAGAUGUUUACAGUGGCAGCAUCUGUGUUGGUAGUUUGUGCUGUGAUAUACGUUUAUAGGAGUGUAAAGCCUCCACCUCCAAAGAUAUGUGGAACACCAAAUGGUCCACCUGUUUCUUCCCCAAGAAUUAAGCUCAAUGAUGGAAGGCAUUUGGCUUAUAGAGAGAGGGGUGUUGCUAAAGAACAUGCUAAGUACAAAGUCAUCCUUGUUCAUGGCUUUGACAGCUCUAAGGACAUAUAUUUGCCACUCUCUCAGGAUACUAUGGAUGAACUGGGUGUAUAUAUUCUGUCAUUUGACAGAGCUGGAUAUGGUGAAAGUGAUCCAAACCCAAAUCGCUCUGUGAAGAGUGAAGCAUAUGACAUUCAAGAACUAGCUGACCAAUUGAAGCUAGGACAGAAGUUUUAUGUAAUUGGAAUGUCAAUUGGAACUCAUCCAAUUUGGGCUUGCCUUAAAUACAUACCACACAGGCUUGCUGGUGUGACUCUAGUAGUACCAGUGAUCAAUUAUUGGUGGCCUUCUUUUCCUCCCAAGUUGAAAAAUGAAGCAUACAAGAAACAACUAAAGAGAGACCAAUGCAAACUCCGGAUUGCACAUUAUGCCCCUGCACUAUUGUACUGGUGGAUGACCCAAAAGUUUUUCCCAUAUUCUUCUAUCUUGCAAAGGCACCCAAUAAUUCUUAACAAACGUGACCUACAAACCGUACAGAAAAUGUCACAAGAACCAAUGCCCAAUGAGCACAAGAUAAGACAGCAAGGUGUCUAUGAGUCGCUUCAUCGAGACAUGAUGGUGCAUUUUGGCAACUGGGAAUUCGACCCAAUGGAACUUAAAAAUCCAUUUCCUAACAAUGAGGCCUCUGUUCAUCUAUGGCAUGGUCAUGAAGAUAAACUUGUGCCAUAUGAAUUGCAACGAUAUGUAGCGAAAAAGCUGCCUUGGAUUCGGUAUCAUGAAGUUUCUGAUGGUGGUCAUCUAAUGAUUCAUGAGAGUAGUUUGUGUGUGGCAAUGUUCAGGGAACUUUUGCUUGGAGAAGAACCCAUUAUCGCAUAGCAAUAGUUCUGUCAAAAACGACUUUUAGUGCCAUCUGCUUGUAUGUUAUGAUUGUUAUCGAAGUCCUAAAGUUUUCAA